UUUGCCAUUUACCUUUUUUUGUUCCUUACAUUCCGCCUUAUAUUACAGCACCAGGACUGGCAACAGCAUGGCGAAGCCUCCGCCUGUCGUGGUAGGCAGUAGCCCCAGAAACACAGACACAAAAACAAACAAACACGCACGCACAUGAAAUGCAGUGGAGGAGGGACAGAUUGUGUGGAUGACGGACGAAAUGCGACGAUGGAUACCCCCCCGGACCUUUUAUUAUCGAAACUUGUUGUUGUUGUUGGUUGCUACGGAACAAUUCUUUGUCAUGUUCAUUGAUUGGGCUGAUCUUGUUGCGUGCUUUUCUCUGCGCUUUUUUGGGUGGCUGUCAUCUUUCGUAGGCGCAACCAGGUCUGGUUACCGGUCGUUGAAACAGUGUAUCGAGUGUUGAGUAGCAGGGGCUGGAGGCCGUGUAUUCACCU